AUGCGGCGGGUGCUGGUGGCCGCCAGCGGCAGCGUCGCCGCGGUGAAACUGCCCGAGCUGGUGGGGCGCCUGCUGGAGCUGGGGGUUGAAGUAAAAGUGGUGACCACAGAACAUGCAAAACACUUCUAUGACUCCAGAGAUGUUCCUGCUAAAGUAUAUAGCGAUUUGGAUGAGUGGGAGAUGUGGAAACAGAGGACAGAUCCUGUCCUACACAUUGAACUGAGGAGGUGGGCAGAUCUAAUGGUGGUUGCACCUUUGGAUGCCAAUACCCUGGGGAAAAUAGCCAGUGGAAUCUGUGACAAUUUAUUGACCUGUGUUGUUCGAGCCUGGGAUCUGAAAAGGCCAUUGCUCUUCUGCCCAGCCAUGAACACUGCAAUGUGGGAACAUCCCAUCACAGCCAUGCAGAUCCAAACACUGAAGAGCUUUGGUUAUAUUGAAGUUCCAUGCAUUGUAAAGAAACUCGUUUGUGGAGACGAAGGUUAUGGGGCAAUGGCAGAGAUAUCAACAAUCAUAGAGAAGGUCCAAGAGUGCUUGGAACAAUUGUACAGCCACAGCCUUGGAGAGACACAGCAUCAACAAUAAAAUGAAAGCCACAUA